AGUCACAUGACGCAGGGAAAAUACACUUUUUAUCAAUGGUUGGAACUGUGAUCGGCUAAAAAGGUGUCGGGUCCUCGCGAAAUAUCAUAUCGUUGGAUAAUCUUAGCGUAAGUUAAGCAUACACCAUAGAGUAUUUUGGUCGAUAUAAGCGAUUCUUGCGCCUGCGAUGACAUCGCCGGCGAAAGGAAAGCAUGGCCCGUUGGUGGGGGCUCUCGAUCAAGGUACCAGCAGUACGAGAUUUCUGGUCUUCACGGCCAACUCUGCCCAGCUGCUGACAUACCAUCAAGUGGAAGUGAAGCUGAGCUUUCCCCGCGAGGGCUGGGUGGAGGCCGACCCAAGCGAGCUGCUGCAGACGUCAUUGGUCUGCAUCGAGAAGACAGUGGAGAACCUGCGUGCCCUGGAGGUGGAUGAGGCAGACAUCGCCGCCAUCGGUAUCACGAACCAGCGAGAGACGACAGUGGUAUGGGACCGCACCACCGGCCGGCCGCUCCACAACGCCAUCGUCUGGCUCGACGCGCGCACCACCCAUACGGUCCAAAAGCUGUUGCAGAAAUGCCCUGAGAAGGACAAGGACUACCUGAAAGAGCUCUGCGGUCUGCCCAUCAGCACCUACUUCAGCGCGUUGAAGCUGCGCUGGCUGCUGGACUCGGUGCCCGAGGUCGCCGCUGCCCUCCGCGAUGGAACCCUCAUGUUCGGCACCGUGGAUACCUGGCUAGUCUGGAACCUGACUGGUGGCGUCAACGGUGGACUGUACAUCACCGACGUCACCAACGCCUCCCGCACCAUGCUGAUGAAUAUCGCCACGCUACAGUGGGAUGACUACCUGUGCGGGUUUUUUGACAUCCCGAAGUCGAUUCUGCCGGAGAUCCGCAGCUGCUCGGAGAUAUACGGCCAUCUGACGUCCGGUGCGCUGAGCGGCGUUCCCGUCUCCGGCAUUCUGGGUGACCAGCAGGCGGCGCUAGUGGGCCAGAUGUGUCUUAAGCAGGGCCAGGCCAAGAACACGUACGGCACCGGCUGCUUCCUGCUCUACAACACCGGCUGCAAGAUCGUGCAGUCCACCCGCGGCCUGCUCACCACCGUCGGCUACCAGAUGGGCAAGGAUGCGCCCGUCAUGUACGCCCUGGAGGGCUCGGUGGCCAUCACCGGCGCGGCCGUACGGUGGCUGCGGGACAACCUGGGCCUGAUCUCGGAGAACGCCGAGGUGGAGGUGCUCGCGCGUCAGGUGAAGGACACGGGCGGCGUGUACUUCGUGCCGGCGUUCACCGGCCUGUACGCGCCGUACUGGGACGACACGGCGCGCGGCACGAUAUGCGGCCUGACCCAGUACACCACAAAACAGCAUAUCUGCCGAGCCACGCUGGAGGCCAUCUGCUUUCAGACGCGGGAGAUCCUGGACGCGAUGAACCAGGACUCUGGGAUCCCGCUGACGGCGCUGCAGGUGGACGGCGGCGGCACCGUCAACACGCUGCUGGUGCAGCUGCAGGCCGACCUGCUCGGCAUCCCCGUCGUGCGGCCGACCAUGCCCGAGACGACGGCGCUGGGGGCGGCGAUGGCGGCGGGCGCGGCGAGCGGCGUCGGCGUCUGGAGCCUCUCGCCGGAGGACCUCAGCCACGGCACCACCGACCAGUUCAGCCCGCAGAUCGGAGAUGACGAGCGGGACGUGCGCUUCGACCGCUGGAAGCAGGCGGUGUCCCGCUCUCGGGACUGGGAGCCCGUCACGGAGCGCUCACCGCUGCCAGAUCGGCGCCACCGCCUGCUGACGUCCCUGCCGCCCGUCUGGUUCGUCUUCUGCUCGGUGCUGCUGCUCGUGCUGGCCAGAGAGCGGGGCUCGAUGACGGCGAGAUGACGUCACCACCGGGCUGGUGUGACGUCACCCGGCAGUUGACCAGUAUUAAGCGUUAGGGAACGGUGAUGCUCAUUUUCCAGGAGAAGUAGACACGUAUCACUCGCCGCCGGCAGCGGUCGCCGGUCUGGUUGUGAGGCUGGAGCUGUGUACCGCGGUGUUGGUGUGCGGAUGUGGACCAGCGUAGGCGAGCGUCAGGACCUCCUUUUCGUCUCAGGUGGCCGGAUCCCCGGUCACGUGAGGCCCACCCCACGGUCCCGCCACGGCGCAGCUGAUGUUGCCUCUCUGGCGGACAGACCAUGCCAAUCGUGAUCACCCUGGGGCAACCAUGCUUCAGGGCAUGCUCAAUGCCC